AUGUCUUCAAAGUACCUCAGCGGCGACAAGGCCGCCCUUCAGGAAUUCCUGAACAAGUUCGACACGUUCCUCAUCGAUUGCGAUGGCGUUCUCUGGUCCGGUGAUCACCUCUUUGACGGCGUCCCCGAGGCCAUCGACUACCUUCACUCCCAAGGCAAGCGGACCAUCUUCGUGACGAACAACUCGACAAAGUCCCGCGCCGACUACCACAAGAAGUUCCAGAAGCUCUCGAUCAAGUGCACGCCCGAGGACGUCUUCGGCUCCGCCUACUCGGCGUCCAUCUACAUCUCGCGCAUCCUGCGUCGGCCCGCCGACAAGCCCAAGGUCUUCGUCCUCGGCGAGUCGGGCAUCGAGGACGAGCUGCGCGCCGAGAACGUCCCCUUUGUCGGCGGCACGGACCCGCGCCUGCGCCGCGACAUUGUGCCCGCCGACUUUGACGCCCUCGCCGACGGCUCGGCCCUCGACCCCGAGGUCGGCGUCGUGCUCGCGGGCCUCGACUUCCACGUCAACUACCUCAAGCUCGCCACGGCCUACCAGUACCUGCGCCGCGGCGCCGUCUUCCUCGCCACCAACUGCGACAGCACCCUGCCCAUGAACGGCAGCUUCUUCCCCGGCGCCGGCAGCGUCGGCGUGCCCCUCGUCAACAUGAUCGGCAGGCAGCCCCUCGAGCUGGGCAAGCCGAGCCAGGCCAUGAUGGAUGCCGUGACGGGGCGCUUCCACCUCGACCGCGCGAGGACGUGCAUGAUUGGCGACCGCCUCAACACGGACAUCAAGUUUGGCAUCGAGGGCAAGCUCGGCGGCACGCUGGCUGUGCUGACUGGCGUCAACACAAAGGCGGACUGGGAGGCCGAGGAUGCCGUGGCCGUGCCGGCCUAUUACGUCGAUGGCAUCCGGGAUCUCAGGAUCGAGUGA